CAGCCCAGAUUUGAUGUAAAUUACCUUAAUCUCUCCCUUUUCUUAAUCCCGUUCCAUGGGCACUACUCCUAGUAGUAGGUAGUGUCUCUCUCUGCAUUUCUCUCUCGUCUCGAUCACACCGCCGAUCUUGUGAAAUUCCAUUUCUACCCUCAUCUGCUUCUUCCUCUUCUUCUCCAGUAAGUACUCUCUCUCUCUUUCUCACUCUAUAGAUACAGAUACAUACAGAGAGAGAUAUAUACAUAUAAGGAUAAACAUAUAUGCGUGUGAGUUGGAUUUGUAUAGAAGAGUAAUGGGGAAUAAGAAGCGAAACGCUGCUCCGCGUUCCAAACAGUCGCCGGCGGCGGUUGCGCCGAUUGUCGAUGGCGGAGACGCCGUCGUUUUGGCCCAGCCCGAUUCUGCUCCCCUCACUCUCGCCGACGCCGAGUCCAAUAGCCCUAACAGCAACAACCACAACAACAACAACCUGCUAGUCCCGAGCAACAACAAGAUCGAAUCCUCGCCGUCGAUCGAAUCGGGCGGUGGUAAGGUGUUUGAUUCGGAGGCUUGCGCCGCCGCGAAGCUCGAAUGCGAGAGGGCGCUGACGGCGCUCCGGCGCGGGAACCACACGAAGGCGCUGAGGCUGAUGAAGGAGUCGUGCCAGCGGCACGAGAAUUCGGCUCACUCGGGGCUGAUUCACCGAGUUCAGGGCACUGUGUGCGUCAAGGUGGCGUCGAUUAUCGACGACCCGAACGCGAAGCAGCGGCAUUUGAGGAACGCGGCGGAGUCGGCGCGGCGGGCGGUGGAGCUCUCGCCGAACUCGAUCGAGUUCGCGCAUUUCUACGCCAAUUUGCUCUACGAGGCGGCCAACGACGGCAAGGAGUAUGAUGAAGUGGUGGCGGAGUGCGAGAGGGCUCUGGCGAUUGAGAGGCCGGUUGAUCCUGCGAGGGAGAGCUUGCAGGAGGAGAGCCAGCAGAAGCUGCCGACGGCGGAGGCUCGAAUUGGCCACGUGCAGAAUGAGCUCAGGCAGCUGAUUCAGAAGUCUCAUAUUGCCUCAAUUUCGACGUGGAUGAAGAAUUUGGGGAAUGGAGAAGAGAAGUUUAGGUUAAUUCCAAUUCGGAGGGUGACAGAGGACCCUAUGGAGGUGAGGCUGGUGCAAACUAGGCGGCCGAAUGAGAUUAAGAAGGCAACUAAGACGCCGGAAGAGAGGAGAAAGGAGAUUGAAGUAAGGGUUGCGGCUGCCAGGCUGUUGCAGCAGAAGUCUGAGGUGCCUCAGUUGAGCAAUGAGGGUGAGAAGAGUGACAGGGGAGUGGAUUCGUCGUCGGGUUCUGGUCAGAGAGGUGGUGAGCGAAGAAAGUAUGGGGGGUUGAGGAAAAACGGGUCAUCAUCGGAGAGGAAGGAUUGUGUUAGGUCGUAUUGGAAAUCGAUGAGUGUUGAUAUGAAGAAAGAGUUACUUAGGAUUAGAGUUAGUGAUCUUAAGGCCAAGUUUAGCUCGUCCAAGGAUGGUUUGGCGAAUGAGGUUUUAUCAGAAGCACUGGCGUUUGCAGAGAGUAGUAGAAGUUGGAACUACUGGGUUUGUUGUAGAUGCAGUGAGAAAUUCGUGGAUUCUGAAUCACAUAUUCACCAUGUUGUGAAUGAACAUAUGGGAAACCUUAUGCCAAAAAUGCAGUCAGUUUUACCUCCAAAUGUUGACAAUGAAUGGAUUGAGAUGAUUCUUACUUGUUCUUGGAAACCGCUGGAUGUCUCUGCUGCUAUUAGAAUGCUGACAGAUCAAAGAAAAUGCAAAGACUCUGAGUUUGUUGAUGAGUUCUACUCUGGGAAUCAUAACAAAGAGUAUGAGGAUUGUUUCAAAGAUGCGUGGGAUGAAUCGCCUGAGAAGGAAAUUCUUGAAGAUGGCCCUAGUGAUUUAACUGUUGAUCGCAAUAACCAUGAGAAGGUUGCUCACGUUGAGUCUACAGAAUGUGAUGAGGACAAUGGGUCUAUUGCUUAUUCUUCUCUAGCAGGUGGUUGGCCGAUAUCUGGUGACUGUGAACGUAUGAAGCUUCUUGAAAGAAUUCAUGCCUUAUUUGAGGUUCUUAUCAGGCAUAAAUAUCUUGCUGCAACUCAUCUUAACAGGGUGAUACAAUUUACAAUUGAUCAGCUACAGAAGUCUGGUUCUGAGCUUCUUAACCAUGGUGUGGAGCAAACACCUAUGUGCAUUUGCUUCCUGGAAGCUACAGAGCUUAGGAAAAUCCUCAAAUUCUUGCAGGAUCUGUCCCAUGCUUGUGGUUUAGGUAGAUAUUCUGAGAAAAGUAGCAGUGCUAUGGAUGAUGGAAAUAACACAAAUCAGGGUGUAGAGAUCAAAGAGAGGAUUGUUCUCAGCAGUGAUGCAUCCUGCCUCCUUUUGGACACUUCUGAUUCUACAUUUAGUGCUGGGUAUGAAACCCCUAUUGAUGGAACUGGGCUUCUUCCUGAUUCCGAUGCUCUGCUGUCCUGGAUAUUUGCAGGCCCAUGUAGUGCUGAACAGUUGACAUCCUGGAUGCAAACAAAAGAAGAGAAAACACAACAAGGGAUGGAAAUUCUCCAGAUGCUUGAAAAGGAAUUUUACCACCUGCAGAGUCUUUGUGAGAGAAAAUGUGAGCAUUUAAACUAUGAAGAAGCAUUACAGGCAGUUGAAGAUCUCUGUGUUGAAGAAGGGAAAAAGAGGAAAAAUGCCACGGAAUUUUCCAAUCGAAGCUACGAGUCUGUGCUAAGGAAGAGGAAAGAAGAGCUUGAGAGAGAGAAUGAUAUGAUGUUCCUUCCAAGUAGGAUUGAGUUAGAUGCCAUAUCAAACGUUUUAAGUUAUGUUAACCAGUCUGGGUAUGAGGAAACUUAUGAUGGUGUGACUUCUCAGUUAUGUGACUUGGAAUUCGGGGAAGAUGAUGAUCGGAGAGCCAAGGAUUAUGUGCAUAGUGUAGAAUUUGCAAUCCAGAGACAGAGAGAACAAUUAUAUGUAGAGCUAAGCAAAAUCGAUGCACGGAUUAUGCGAAAUGUUACUGGGAUGCAGCAAUUGGAAGUUAAGCUCGAACCCGUCUCCGCCCAUGAUUAUCGGUCAAUAGUCUUGCCUUUACUGAAGUCCUACCUUCGGGCACAUUUGGAGGAGCUGGCUGAAAAAGAUGCCACCGAAAAGUCGGAUGCUGCAAGAGAGGCAUUUUUGGCAGAACUUGCACUUGAUUCUAAGAAAGGUGUCAAAGGAGGAAAUGAUAAUUUGAGACACACACAGGAGAAAGCGAAAGACAAGAAGAAGAAUAAGGAGUAUAGGAAAGCAAAAGAUACAAAGGGUACUGGUGUUUCAGAUGAGCACAUGCAUCAUGAUGAGUCUGCGGAGCAUUCCUCUCCAGUCGCAUGUUAUGGUGACCCUCCAGAUUCUGAGAUUGUUGUUUCUGUAAAUGGUGAUGACUUGAAGCAACAGGAAGAGGAAUCUAGACGGAGAAUCGAACUUGAGGAAGAGGAAAGAAAGCUUGAAGAAACUUUGGAGUAUCAGAGACAAAUUGAGAAGGAAGCUAAGCAGAAGCACCUUGCUGAGCAAAGUAAGAAAUUUACUCUACCGCAUCCAGAGAAGGUGGCAGAGAAACUGCACGAUGUUAACUUGGAGCCUUAUGCCAAUGAUCAAGAUAUGCACGAGCCACUUAAGCCGUAUGUGCAGGAGCAGUUGGGACAGAAGACUGGAUCCCCUAACAAUCUAGAAGGCGUGCCUAUUAACAUGGAAAAUGGUUCUCCAGCAUCAGUAAAAGCUUCCUCUGUUUCUGGUCCUCAAAUGAUUAAUGGUGCACAAGAUAAAGUUCACCCAGGAUUACCUAAUGGAGGAAUUCUUGAGGAUGGUUAUCUGCCUUCUGAUCGACGGCCAGGAAGGAAAAAUAGAAGGCAGAGGAGUUCCACCAAAGUGCCUGACGGAAAGAGUCGAACCUUGUUAUCUGAAAGGGAAAAUAUUGAAGUUGGGAGGCCAAAUGUUGAGGGUCAAAGUAAACAAAUUCGAUCCAAUGACAAUCUCCUUGCAGAUAGCAACAAGGGAACACGGGAAUUGAGACAGCAACAUGCAGAGGAAGAUGAUGAAGAAAGGUUCCAGGCUGACCUUAAAAAGGCCGUACGCCAAAGCCUAGAUACAUUCCAAGAACAGCAGAAAUUGCCCUUAGUUUCAAGUUUGAGGACACCCAAAAGGAUUUCGGCAGAUUUUGAUAAAGGCGGUGUUUUACAUAAUGACAUCAGAGUUGAAAAUGCAAGUGAUAUCGAUGUCCUGGGUACUGGGUUAAAGAAUGAAGUUGGUGAAUACAACUGCUUUCUGAAUGUUAUCAUACAGUCCUUGUGGCAUAUUAGACUGUUUCGAGAUGAGUUCCUGCAAAGAUCAACAUCAGAACAUGCUCACGUAGGGGAUCCAUGUGUGGUCUGUGCAUUGUAUGAAAUAUUUACUGCCUUGAGUAAUGCAGCUACAGAUAUGAGAAGAGAAGCUGUUGCGCCUACGUCUUUGAGAAUAGCUUUAAGCAACCUGUAUCCAGAAAGUAACUUCUUCCAGGAGGCUCAGAUGAAUGAUGCUUCUGAAGUUUUGGGAGUGAUAUUUGACUGUCUUCACCGGUCAUUUACUCGUGGUUCGAGUGUUUCUGAUACUGAAUCUGUGGAAAGUAGUUGCCUGGGGUCUUGGGAUUGUUCAAACAAUGCUUGUAUUGUGCACUCCAUGUUUGGAAUGAACAUUUUUGAACGAAUGAAUUGCCAGUGUGGUUUGGAGUCCAGACAUCUCAAAUACACUUCUUUCUUUCAUAAUAUAAAUGCCAGUGCUCUCCGAACUGUGAAGGAUACGUAUGCAGAAAGCUCCUUUGACAAGCUUUUAAAUCAUGAGAAGAAUCAUCAGUUGGCCUGUGAUUCCGAGGCUGGCGGCUGUGGGAAGCUCAACUAUAUCCAUCACAUUCUUUCAACUCCACCACAUGUUUUCACAACAGUUAUGGGUUGGCAAAAUACGUGUGAGAGUGCUGAUGAUAUAAAAACAACACUGGCAGCUCUAAAUACUAAGAUAGAUAUCAGUGUCCUUUACCGUGGACUGGAUCCAAAGAGUACACAUAACUUGGUUUCUGUGGUUUGCUACUACGGGCAACAUUACCAUUGCUUUGCCUAUAGUCAUGAGCGUGAAUGCUGGGUUAUGUAUGAUGAUAAUACUGUCAAGGUGAUUGGUGGGUGGGCUGAUGUUCUUACCAUGUGCGAAAGAGGGCAUUUGCAACCGCAAGUUCUUUUCUUUGAAGCUGUAAACUAGACUUUCUCUGGAACGUGAUUUAGCAUCAGAAAGAGAGCAUUGAUGUUGUAUGUGUAUUCACUCUCUGUCUGUGGUGAGGAAGCACUGAUUUCCUCUGUAUCCUGCCGCCCGCUAAAAGUUUGCAACGUCAGUUACAGUGGAAGUCCAGAGUUCUGAUGUAGAAUUAACAGAAUGAUAUAAUGAAGAAAAUUUUUUGAGCAACUGGUCCUCAUGGGAGAAACCGUGUAUCUAAAGCAUGUCAGCAUUCAUCAGACAAUCGAGGAAUCGGAAAGUGUUAUCAUCAUGUGGUAUGUUUUCCUCCAAUAACCUCAGCAUUAUCAGGUGACUGCCCGAGAUUUUCCUUUUAAGGUGGAUUUGGUUGAUGAGUAGCUGUCUGGCUAUAUGCGGAUUUAAGGAGCAUGUAACAGUAAAGGGGGAGUAUAGGUUGUUGAAAUUGAAAUCGAAAUCUUUGCCGGACGUUUUCUAUUUUUUAUUUUCCAUAUUCCCCCCCCCCCCCCCCCCCCCAAAUUUUGAAAAUGGGUUUUGUAUAGAUCACAGUAGGUCUUUUGGGUACUCAAAACAGUAAAUUUAUUGCUUCAUUUUGACGCUAUGGGUUAAAAUGAAGAUUUAUUUGCUCGUA